AUCUACACUGAUCAUCAGGGCACUGAUGAUCAGUGUGCCCUGAUGAUCAGUGUAGCCCCAGCAGUGCCACCUGUCAGUGUCCAUCAGUGCCUUAUGUCAGUGCUCAUUAGUGCCUCGUGCCAGUGCCCAUCAGUGCCACAUAUCAGUGCCUACCAGUGCACAUCAUUGCCACAUAUCAGUGCCCAUCUGAGCUGCCUUUUAGUGUCACCCAUCAGUGCCAGUCAGUGCCACCUAUCAAUGAUAAUCAGUGCCUCCUAUCAGUGCUGCCAAUCAGUGCCACCUAUCAGUGCCAGUCAGUGCCGCCUAUCAGUGCCAGUCAGUGCCACCUAUCAGUGCACAUCAGUGCCACCUAUCAGUGCCUGUCAUCAGUGCUGCCCAUCAGUGCCAGUCAGUGCCGCCUAUUAG